CCGCCUCCGAAGAAGCAUUUGAACUUCGAGCAGCGUCCAAAGGCGGCUAAUAGCCGAGUUCGACGAGAGCCUCCGUGUGCCGCGGAAGGGACCUUCUCUUCAGCGCCUGAUUCGACGGAACCCUAAUUCUGCCAUCAUGGACGGCGGAGGAGGAGAACAUGGCUCAUCGGCUCCGCCGAAGCCCUCGAAAUUCGCGGUGUACCAGAAUCCCGCUCUCUCCGCCGCCUUGACCGCUGGCAGUUUCCGCCCCUCCAAAUCCACUUUUAUCUGCAUCCUUUCUCUCUCCACCGCUUCCGCCUUUGCGCUCCUUGGCAUCAUUAUCAGGGAAAAUGGCAUUAUUGAAAGCUUCAAACGUAGGUUUAUUUCCAGUUAUGUUGCUUAUUUAUUUGAGAAAGCAAUACAGAUCUUGUUGUGGUCAGUUUUUCUUGGAACCAUACUUGCUCUUGUGAAAGCCAUUUCGUUAUGGAGAGCAAGAAAUGCUGCAGGUAUGGUAGUUAUGUCUCAUUCCAAAGGAACGAAGGAGCAAACCCAUCUUACAAACCGACAACUAGGGCUCUUAGGAGUAAGGCCAAAGGUUGAGAAGGCUGCAACACAACCUUUAAAGAAACUUCCUAAGACCAAAUUCAACUCAACAUCUCCGUCAGAUGUCCUUGUUCCACUUCAUCAGCCAGUCACCAGUUCCAACAGAUCAUCCCAACUCAGUGGUGGUAAAACAAACACCGGUAGUGGAAGCAAGACCCAUUCUUUGAGCACCCCAUCCAAACCUUCUGGUUCUCCAUCUCUGUUAUAUCUUGUACCUACAGCUGCUUCACAAUUGCCUUCUACUCAGACUUCACUGGGGUUUGAUCAUUUGGUUUCAACCCCGUGGUCAUCUAAACGAACUUCAGUUAAUAAAGAGAUAGCUACAGAGGAAGAGCUCGAACAAUUUUUGGCCGAUGUUGGUGAAAAAAUUUCUGAAUCAGCUGGAAAAUUGGCAACUCCACUCCCCACCAUUAAUAGCUUUGGUAUGACCAGCCCUAAUACAAUUGGCAGUUCAUCUAACACCUCUGGAACUGCAAGAAGUACACCACUGAGGCCGGUCAGAAUGUCUCCUGGUUCCCAGAAAUUCAGCACUCCUCCCAAGAAAGGGGAAGGAGACCUUCCUCCGCCCAUGUCUAUGGAAGAGUCAAUUGAAGCUUUUCAGCAUUUAGGCAUCUAUCCUCAGAUCGAGUGGUGGCGAGAUUGCCUCAGGCAGUGGUUUUCUUCAGUUCUGCUAAAUCCUCUACUAAAUAAAAUUGAAACCAGUCACACGCAGGUAAUGCAAGCAGCUGCUAAACUUGGUAUCUCAAUUACAAUCAGUAAAGUAGGAAGUGACUUAUCAACUACAGGAACUACUGUUACUCUUUCUCCAAUUGAGAGACCUAAUGAUUGGCAACCAUCAUUUACGCCUGAUGAAGACAAUCUUCUUCAUCAAAUACGUGCUACCCUUGUGCAAGCUCUAGAUGCUUCUAUGUCAAAGUUGGCUCUAGGCAACCUGCAAAUGUCUUCACAACAGAGCUCUGUGAUCCCUAUUAUACAGGAAUGCAUUGAUGCUAUUACUGAACACCAGAGGCUCCAUUCCUUGAUGAAAGGAGAAUGGGCUAAGGGUCUGCUGCCUCAAAGCAGUGUCCGGGCAGAUUAUACCGUACAAAGGAUUCAGGAGCUUGCUGAAGGAACCUGCUUGAAGAACUAUGAGUACCUAGGAAAUGGGGAGGUUUUCGACAAAAAGAACAAGAAGUGGACACUUGAGCUCCCAACAGAUUCUCACUUGCUGUUAUAUCUCUUUUGUGCUUUCCUAGAACACCCAAAGUGGAUGCUGCAUGUAGAUCCUACAUCUUACACUGGAGCGCAGUCUAGCAAGAAUCCUUUGUUUUUGGGUGUUCUGCCUCCAAAAGAAAGGUUCCCUGAAAAGUAUGUAGCUGUCAUAUCUGGUGUCCCAUCUGUGCUUCAUCCAGGAGCUAGUGUAUUGGCUGUUGGGAGGCAAACUCCUCCAAUCUUUGCCUUAUACUGGGAUAAGAAGGCACAUUUCUCUCUACAGGGAAGAACAGCACUAUGGGAUUCUAUCUUGCUUCUGUGCCACAGGAUUAAGGUCUCAUAUGGAGGUGUUGUGCGGGGCUUGCACCUUGGUUCUUCAGCCUUGGGCAUUCUUUCAGUUCUUGAUCCAGAGCCUGAAGACUGAGAAACUUAUGAGGCAUACUUUGACGAUCCAAAAUUAAGCAAUGAGCGAUUAUUCAGCCAAUGAUGCAUGAAUAUAUUGCCAUAUCAAGCAGCCAUAUUCCUUGUGUUGACGGCUCAAUUUAUUCAUGACAGCCAGUUUAACUAAUUUCAUCCAGCAUGAAGCUUGCUAAAAUGUUUUCACCUUCGGAGAUGCCAUUCUGAACUUUGAUGAGGUGAAAGUUACCAUCGGAAAAUUAGGGUUUUUUUUUUUUUGUUGGGGGGGGGAGUGAAGAACCGAUAGCCCCUGAAUUUGGAUGCUACUUCCAUUAUGAUUGUAGUGUACUGGAUGGUUCUUCAGCGGAAUCUUUGCGGCAACAAUUUUGUUAAACUGUCCGAUCUUGCUGCCGGAAA